CCCCACUCCCGCGGUCGUGGCUGCCGUCCAGGCCCGCGAGAGCGCGGCACGCCCGGUGAGGGGCCCAGGCGGUGAGGGGCAGAGUGGGGCCCUGCUUGUCCCGCGUCUUUCACCGCCGGGCAACCCCGUCUGGACUGCAUGGAAAGAGUCUUGGGCCUCGCGUGGGGCAGGGUGGUUGGUUGGUGUCACGGCCUGGCGUCUCGGGGGUGGCAGAGGUGCGUGACGGAGCUUGGCGCCAAAGGUGCCCUGAGGAGAGAGAAGCAGCUUCGGUAGGAGGAGGACACUUCCCUCCUCUGCGGUGUUCGUCACCCGGAAUCUGUAACUCUUGCUUUGGACUCAAUAAAGCGUGGGUUGGGAGCAUAAACGUGCGCUGAGACAUAUGUCACUAGUAGAUUUGGGAAAGAAACUUUUAGAAGCUGCACGAGCAGGUCAAGAUGACGAAGUUCGCAUUUUGAUGGCAAAUGGAGCACCUUUUACCACAGAUUGGCUGGGAACGUCUCCACUUCAUCUAGCAGCACAGUUUGGACACUACUCAACCACAGAAGUGCUACUGCGUGCAGGUGUAAGUCGAGAUGCCAGAACCAAAGUGGACAGAACUCCAUUACAUAUGGCAGCAUCAGAAGGCCAUGCCAGCAUUGUAGAAGUCCUACUUAAGCAUGGUGCUGAUGUCAAUGCAAAGGACAUGCUCAAAAUGACUGCACUUCACUGGGCUACUGAACAUAACCACCAAGAAGUUGUAGAACUCUUAGUAAAGUAUGGAGCUGAUGUUCAUGCUCAGAGUAAAUUUUGCAAAACGGCGUUAGAUAUUGCAGUGGACAAUGGAAAUGAAGACCUUGCAGAAAUAUUGCAGAUUGCAAUGCAGAACCAAAUCAAUACGAAUCCAGAGAGUCCGGACACUGUGACGAUACACGCAGCAACACCGCAGUUCAUCAUUGGACCUGGAGGGGUGGUGAACCUAACAGAUGAAACAGGAGUGUCUGCUGUACAGUUUGGGAAUUCAUCAACGUCAGUAUUAGCCACAUUGGCAGCUUUAGCAGAAGCAUCAGCUCCACUGUCUAACUCUUCAGAAACACCAGUUGUGGCCACAGAAGAAGUCGUGACUGCAGAAUCUGUGGAUGGUGCUAUUCAGCAAGUUGUCAGUUCUGGAGGGCAGCAAGUUAUUACUAUAGUUACAGACGGCAUUCAGCUUGGUAAUCUGCAUUCGAUUCCAACCAGUGGCAUAGGGCAACCAAUCAUUGUGACCAUGCCAGAUGGACAGCAAGUAUUAACAGUUCCAGCAACAGACAUUGCUGAAGAAACUGUGAUAAGUGAAGAACCGCCAGUGAAGAGACAGUGCAUUGAGAUUGUUGAAAAUCGUGUGGAGUCUGCAGAAAUAGAAGAAAGAGAAACUCUUCAGAAGCAGCUGGACGAGGCAAACAGAGAAGCACAAAAAUACCGUCAGCAGCUUCUAAAGAAAGAGCAAGAAGCAGAGGCCUAUCGGCAGAAGCUAGAGGCAAUGAACCGCCUCCAGACUAAUAAAGAAGCUGUUUAAUAAAAAAUGAACAUACUGCAAAGCCUGUUACUUUCAAAAACCUGCAGUACAAUCUUGAACUGUACACUAUAUGGGUACAGACACAGGAUUACAUGAUAGAGAAGAUGCUACAAGUUGAUAACUGGACUUAAACUGUGAGCUCUGGUGAAUUUCUUGUAACAUAAAAACUCUGAAUUUAGAAAUUGUGAAAAGUAUUUAAAAUUAAAUACUGUAAAUAGUUGUUUUUUUUACAGUUUCAAAAUGAGUUGAUAAAUCUUUUUGAAGGGAUCCAGAAACACGAGAAGCCAAUGCUUUUGUGAAAUUUUUGAUUUUAGUAUGAAUCUAACUUCUGAAAAACAGAACAGUUUUAAGGGUGAUGUUGAUUUAAGCUGACAGCUUGAAAACUAAUUAUGUGACAAAAUGAAUUAACAGUUAUUUCUACAUGGUAACAACUUAAACUCCUCCGAAUAAGACAUUUCCAGGUGGAAAUCUUUGUACAGCUUUAAGUAGUUGUCUCAGAUUCUCUGAAAACCAUUUUUGGUUGGGUUUUUGUUUUGUUUGUUUGU